AUGUCCAACUAAUUUUUACCCAAACUCGAUGACAAUGAGUAUCUCUACUGUUCUCCUGAAGGAUUCUAGAGAUUAGCUUCUGUUUAUGACCCAAAAGAUCCUUACAAAAAUUACAACUGGACUCUCGAUUACACAUUAGAACUACCUAUUAGAGUUAAGAAAUCUGGUCCUGGAAGUGAACAACCUUUCACCUUAGUUGAAAUGUUUGAAAGAAUUGUUAAGCAAAUCCCUGAUUCUCCUGCUUUGAGUGUUAAGAAAAAUGGCAAAUGGGUUACCCUUACUUACAAGUAGUAUUUUGAAGAAAGCAAAGUUUUCGGUAAAGCACUUAUCUCUCUUGGUAUGACUCCUUACCGUAGUGUUAACAUUAUUGGUUUCAACUCCCCGGAAUGGGUUAUCAGCUUCUAUGGCUCUAUUUUUGGUUACUAUCUUCCUGUUGGUGUUUAUACUACCAAUGGUCCCGAAGCUUGCUAGUACGUAGCAGAAAAUUCAGACUGUGAAGUUGUUAUUGUUGAAAAUCAAACCCACUUAGACAAGUACUUAAAGGUCUUAGACAAGCUCCCUCUUUUGAAAUACAUAGUUGUCUACAAUGAUACCAUCAAGAAUGUACCAGAAAAUUGCAGAGUCAAGGUAUUUACUUGGGACUAAUUUAUGUCACAUGGAAGAUCCUUCAAACCUGAAAACCCAGCUGACAUCUUAGAAAAUAGAAUGAUUAAAUAGAGACCUGGUAAUUGUUGCACCCUCGUCUACACUUCAGGUACUACUGGUAUGCCUAAGGGAGUCAUGCUUUCUCAUGAUAACUACACUUGGACCUGUAAAGCUUGUAUUGGAAAGUACGGAUUAGCUCCUAACUAACAAGAAAGAUUGGUCAGCUAUCUUCCCCUUUCACACGUUGCUGCUCAAAUUAUUGAUAUUGUUGGUAAUAUUGAAGGUGGUGCUCAUAUGUUCUUUGCUGAUCCUUCUGCCCUUUCAGGCUCUUUAGUUGAAACUUUAAAGGAAGUCCGUCCCACAUUCUUUUUCUCUGUACCUAGAGUAUGGGAAAAGAUCGAAGAAAAGAUGAAAGCUCUUGCUGCUUCUAACGGAUGGUUAAAGACCAAGAUUGCAACAUGGGCUAAGGGUAUGGGUGUAGAAGGAACUUUUGCUGAAGUCCAUAACAAAAAGUUACCAUUUGGAUUUGGUCUAGCAAAAAAAGUAGUUUAUAAUAAUGUAAAGAAAGCUUUAGGUUUAGACUAAUCUCGUUUCUUAAUGUACGGAGCUGCUCCUCUUUCACCUGCUAUCCGUGAAUAUUUCCUCUCUCUUAAUAUGUAUCUUAUUUCUGGUUAUGGUAUGUCUGAAUGUGCUGGCCCUGAAUGCUUGAGUGAUCCUUCAAACUAUGAUAAAUUUGAAGGUGACUUUUUCAAUUCUACUGGUGCUGGUAUUUCAGGUACUGAUUUGGUUAUUUACUAACCUGACAAGGAAGGUAAUGGUGAAAUCUGCUACAAAGGACGUAAUAGAUUCAUGGGAUACUUUAAAAACGAAGAUGCUACUCGUCAAACUAUCGAUUCUUAAGGAUUUUUACACAGUGGAGAUGUAGGAAAAUUAGAUAAAUUCGGUAACUUGACUAUCACAGGACGUAUUAAAGAACUUAUUAUUACAGCUGGUGGUGAAAAUGUUGCUCCAGUUUUGAUUGAAAACAUUCUUAAAGAAAACCUUAAUUUUGUAUCAAAUGCUGUUGUUAUUGGUGAUAAGAGAAAGUAUUUAGUUGUACUUCUUACUUUUAAGUUUGUUUAAGAAGGUGAUAAAUUAAGUAACUAAUUGUCUCCUGAAUCUCUUAGAGAAUUCGAAGCUCUUGGAUCAACUGCUAAAACUGUUGCAGAGGCCAAGAAGGAUCCUAAGAUUCUUUAAGCUAUUGAGCAAGCUAUAAAGAAGACAAACUCUAAGGCUAUUUCUAGAGCCUAAAAUAUUCAAAAAUAUGCUAUCUUAGAUAGUGAUUUCUCAAUUGAUGGAGGCGAUCUCACCCCUACUCUUAAAUUAAAAAGAAAUGUAGUCAAUUAGAAACACGAAGCACUUAUUGAGUCACUUUACGUUGAUCCUAAGCUUUGA